AUGGGACCCUUUGACGGCCUCAUUGCGAGCAGCACUUGUCUAAACCGUGUAAAGUUGCUCACCAGCGCCGGCUUGGAGAAGCUGCUGGUCGGCGAGAUCUCCGGCAUCUCAAGCGACUGCAACAUCCUCUCCGGAGGUCCGUGUUACGUGGACGCACGUGCCAGCCUGUACCAUGUGUGGAAGCUGAUGCUCGAGAGCCGGCUGUGUGAGCAGCUGUGGAUGCAUGUCUGCGAUCCCUUCCCCGUUCGACACAGCCGUACCUUCUUGCGCACCCUCAACAAUGCGGAGUGGAAGGGGUUCAUGCCCUUCAGCGCCAAUCUACCGCCACCGUAUGUACGUGUUAAUUGCAAGGACUCGACGCUGUACCACACGGGUAUGAUCAAGAAGAUGGUGCACCAGGUCAUCAAGGGCCACUGCCACAAAUCUGUGCAGCUCCAGGGGGAUUCGCUGCCGGAGAUUAUGCAGCGACGAGGGCACCUGCCAGUGUGUCCAACGCUCAUGGUGAAUAUAGACAACGACAUGUGCGAGGUUCUGGCCAACGCCUCCGGGGAUAUUGGCGAGCGGCCUUGGACGACCGCCUCUGCACUGGAUGCCCGCAUAAGCCCCGCCGCAGUUUCCGCUAUCGCAAAUAAAAUCGACCUCAUCCAGCGCAUCAGGAACAACAGUAUAACCGCCAUAUGGGAUCCGCUGUGCCACAACGGCUCGCUGCUGCUGGAGCUGUAUUCCAUCUUCCGGGGCCACCGCCUGCGCGCGGUUGAUCAUGUCUACCCCAUGAGCAACUUCCCGUUGAACGUAAGGAAUGUUUACGAGGAUGCGUACGAGUCAUGUGCUCCCAAUGGAUAUUCCGGGGCCCCGCUAAAGCUACUGGGCACUGAUGUAUUUGAUAAGCAUGUGGCGGAUGCGAAGGCCUGUUUAGGUCGAUAUCUUAACUCCCCCAUUCAUUCUCACAAGCGAAAGCAAAACAAAUUCACCAGUUCUGAGGGAGGAGAACAUGCUGAAAGCGAUCCUGAUGCAGAAAAUAGUGCACCCUCAACCGAAUCUGCCGACGGUGUUACCCUCACCUUCUCACCUCAACCUAUGGAGGAGGUAGAUGUUAGCUGUGGCAACACUAUGGUGUUGACAAAUCUGUACUACGGUGAUAAAGGGCGUCGGAAGGAAUUCCUAGAAGCGCAUCGCAGGUUUGAAGAAGUGCUGAUGCGGUCGCCGCGGGCGUUGCUGCAGAAUGUCUACGUGGUGGCAACCGAAGGACUGCGCACCCGUUCGAGGUUUUCCUGGGAGCCCGAGCUCCACUUCAACAACGGCGGCGUGUUGGUGUCGCUACUGAAGCUACGUGGCGUGAAAACAUAG